GCCGGAGUCUAGGCCGCGGCGGGAAGAGGUAAAGAAGCCGCCGAGGGCCGGCGGUGGCGGCGGCGUUUAUUUACAGGCGGGAAAGGGCCCGUGGCUAGCUUGGGAGAAGCAGGAGCCGGGCCGCCAUGCCGCGAGAGAUCAUCACGUUGCAGCUGGGGCAGUGCGGCAACCAAAUUGGGUUUGAAUUCUGGAAACAGCUCUGUGCAGAACAUGGCAUCAGCCCAGAAGGUAUUGUGGAGGACUUUGCUACUGAGGGCACUGACCGCAAAGAUGUCUUUUUCUAUCAGGCAGAUGAUGAACACUAUAUUCCCCGAGCUGUCCUCCUGGACCUGGAGCCACGAGUGAUCCAUUCCAUUCUGAACUCUCCUUAUGCCAACCUCUACAACCCAGAAAACAUAUACCUGUCUGAGCAUGGUGGUGGGGCUGGGAACAACUGGGCCAGUGGCUUUUCACAGGGAGAAAAGAUCCAUGAAGAUAUUUUUGACAUUAUAGACAGAGAAGCUGAUGGCAGUGACAGUUUAGAGGGAUUUGUGCUGUGCCAUUCUAUUGCAGGUGGGACUGGCUCUGGUUUGGGCUCUUACCUCCUAGAGAGAUUAAAUGACAGAUACCCGAAGAAGCUGGUGCAGACAUACUCAGUCUUCCCCAACCAGGAUGAAAUGAGUGAUGUAGUGGUGCAGCCAUAUAAUUCUCUCUUAACACUCAAGCGACUGACACAGAAUGCUGAUUGUGUGGUGGUUUUAGACAACACAGCUCUGAAUCGCAUUGCCACUGACAGACUGCACAUCCAAAACCCCACCUUUUCCCAAAUCAACCAGCUGGUGUCCACUAUAAUGUCUGCCAGCACCACCACAUUGCGCUACCCGGGCUACAUGAAUAAUGACUUGAUUGGACUGAUUGCCUCCCUUAUUCCUACUCCCAGGUUGCACUUCCUCAUCACAGGUUACACACCUCUAACCACAGACCAAGCUGUGGCCAGUGUGCGCAAAACCACUGUCCUUGACGUGAUGCGACGGCUUCUGCAGCCCAAGAAUGUCAUGGUAUCUAUGGGGCGUGAUCGGCAGACAAACCAUUGUUACAUUGCUAUUCUUAACAUCAUCCAGGGCGAGGUGGACCCCACCCAGGUCCAUAAGAGUUUACAGCGGAUCAGGGAGAGGAAACUGGCCAACUUCAUUCCUUGGGGCCCAGCCAGCAUUCAAGUGGCGCUUUCCAGGAAGUCUCCGUACUUGCCGUCAGCACACAGAGUCAGUGGUCUGAUGAUGGCUAAUCACACCAACAUCUCCUCGCUCUUCGAACGUACCUGUCAUCAGUAUGACAAACUGCGCAAACGUGAAGCCUUCCUCGAGCAAUUUCGUAAGGAAGACAUCUUCAAGGAGAACUUUGAUGAACUUGAUGACUCCCGCAAGAUUGUCCAGGAGCUGAUAGACGAAUACCAUGCUGCUACUCGGUCUGACUACAUCUCCUGGGGCACGCAAGAGCAAUAAGUGGGCUUGCAUGCUGUUUAUCUUCCUCCUGAAGCAUCAAAGUCCUCCAAAUAUGCCAAUCCAUCCUUUUCUGUUACCCAUGUCUAAGGGUAUUGGGGGGGAGGGGUUCUUGCAGGCCCCUCAUUAGGGGAAGGGAUUCUGGCAGCGUUUUUGGCCCUGAUACUAGGCUCCUCCAUCACUUGCUGAAUUGCAAUCUAAUGCUUCUAUUACUGGCCCUGACCACCUCCUGUCCCCUUGAGGAACCUGCCUAUAUAUGGCAUCACCCCUUGGACCAGAACUUAGUAGGUCUGAUUAACAGCAAGCAGUACUAGGAUAACUUAUUUUUCUGUUUGUUCCUUUUUAAUGUUCUUAAGAAACUUGUUCCUCUCCUAAAGUAUUUGUGUGUUGCCCUUGUAUUUAUUUAAACACGUUCCUGUUGGAGUAAGUACCAGAAUGGAUAAUAGCCGUUUUAAAAUUACCCAAACCUAUAUUUCUAUAUAAUAUACUAACCAGCAUUUUUAUUGUUCUGUUUCUAUGAGACAGUAAGUGCUGCCAUUAUACUGACAGGUCUUAAUCCAUUUUCCAUCACUCACAGAAUUCGUUUUCUACUUCCUAUUUUGUUACUUCAAGCACUCUCCAAACAAUUUUCUACCAGGAACCCUCCUUUCCUCCUUUUAAGUGUGUAUUCCUAGGGGAAACUCUACAUAGUUCAACUAGUGCAGGAAAUAACAGUAGUAUUUAUAAUGUGGUUGCCAUGAGAACUAAGAAUUUAUACCAAAUGAUCAGAACUGGGUUGCAGUAUAGAACCAGGACAAGCAUUCUAUUUUAUCCUUGUGUUUUUUAACUGCCAGAAUUAUCCCUAUUAGCAACUAAACUCUGUAUCUGCUGCUCUAUUGCUAAUCCUUCUAAUCUCUUCCCCCAGUCUCUCCUCCACCCUCUGCUCUUCUCCCAGCAAGUGGUUUGUAGGUCUUUCUCUUCUACACACUUCCCACCCCUGUCUGUGUCAUCUAUUGUGCUCUGAGUAGGGAACUUGGGGUAGCGUUUAAUUUCUAAAAGGAGAUUCAGACUUGUGGGUGGCAAUAAUGCAUUUAUCCAUAUGUAUGUAUGUAUGCAUACAUAGGGAAAGGGUAGGUUGUACUGGCUCAAAUAAGGGAAAGACUCUGCAUGUGCUCAGAAGCAUCUCUAAUAUAGUCCUGCUUAUGAAACCUAGGCAGAAUGUAUGGAUACCUGGGGAAACCCACUGUUCCUCAGAGUAGUAGAAAUAUAUAAAGUUGAUUCUAGUCCUCAAUGUUUGUUCAGCAUCGGAAGCUGUGGGAAAUAAUAGGCUCCUGUCCACCCUUUCCUCUGGCUGUUGUGGAAAGGGGUUUAAAGCUGUACAUUCAGAGAUCCAGAGUCAAGUAAUCCUGUGUUCAAAUAAAUGCAGAUCUUAUAGUUUGGCUGUAACCUUCCAUUGAUGGUCUAGAGAAGGGAUGAAUUGAGCAAGCUUACCACUACUGCCAAUCACACUGUGCACAGAUUUCUU